GCACCCUAGUGUCCAUCUGUCCACCGGGAGAGGCCCAAUGUUCUCCUGGCCCGCUGUGAGGGGCAGUCGGUCUAGAGGGUUCCGGAGCAGAGUUCGCCCUGAGCCACGGCCCCCCUCCCGACACCCACGGACAGGUGCCCGUCUGUCACGCUACCCCGGGGGAAAGCCUCCCUGGUGUGGGGGGCAGCCUCCUCCCUCUGGGCCCCGACCUGCCCCAGCCGCCCCAGGUCCUGCAGGGCAAGGCCCCCGGUUCCAGAGCGGGGAGCAGGUCACAGAGGCGGCAGGAGACGCGGGCCGGCCCCUGGCUCUCCAGCCGGUCCAGCCGUGGGCAGCCCCCAUGUGCACUUCCAGAAGGAACGCUGGCUCUGGGUCCCCCCGGGCCCGAGCCCCCACCUCGUCGUCAUCCUCACCCUGCCCGUGGCCAGCCCGUGACCCCCUAUUUUCUCAGACAGAGGAGGGCUGGACAUGCCUGCUGCGCGGUGGGGGAAGGGCCUCUCCCGCCACCUGCUGGAACAGCCCGCGGUGCCCCCCGCAUUUGUCCCCGUGGUCUCAGGGUGCCCGAUGCCGGUGUGCUUCCCUUCCUCUCCACCUCAAGCGUUUGUUGAGCACCUGCUGGAUGCCAGGUGCUGGCGAGGCCAAGGCGGACGUCAGGGACACCAGCACCCGAACAAUGUCUAGGGACACCCGAGGGCCGAAUCCACGAGCAAGGGGCCUGGGGGAGGGCUUCUGCGCGGAGGCGCGAGUCCUGGUGCCCGGAGGGGCCGGCCUUGGCGUGCCGGGGGGAGGCGGCCGGCCCUCAGCGCCCCGACCUCGCUUGCCCCCAGGCAAAGUGGUGUGUGAAGAGCCCAACAGCCGGCUGCACCACUUCGUGGGGUGCUUGGAGUGGAAGGGCAGGAAGCACCCCCUGGACAGCGGCAACCUGCUGCUGCGCGGCUGCAAGGUCCGCAACACGGACACGUGCUACGGGAUGGUCAUCUACGCGGGUUUCGACACCAAGAUCAUGAAGAACUGCGGCAAGGUCCACCUGAAGAGAACCAAGAUAGAUCGUCUGAUGAACCGGCUGGUGGUGCUGAUCUUCCUGUCACUGGUGCUGAUCUCCAUGGGGCUGAGCUUCGGUUUCUGGUUCAAGGUGAGCGAGUUCAAGGCCAAGCACCACUACGUGUCGUCCAGUUACAUGCACAGUGUGGCCUCCGAGACUUUCAUCAUCUUCUGGGGCUUCCUCAUCCUGCUCAGCGUCAUGGUGCCCAUGGCCAUGUUCAUCAUGGUGGAAUUCAUCUACCUGGGGAACAGCAUCUUCAUCAACUGGGACGUGCAGAUGUACUACGAGCCGCAGGACAAGCCCGCCAAGGCCCGCAGCACCAGCCUCAACGACCAGCUGGGCCAGGUGGAGUACGUGUUCUCGGACAAGACGGGCACGCUCACCCAGAACAUCAUGACCUUCAAGAAGUGCUGCAUCGGGGGCGUCAUCUAUGGCCCGGAUGAGGACGAGGACACCCCAGCUAAGGAGGACCCCUACCUCUGGAACGAGUUUGCCGACGGGAAGUUGCUCUACCGGAACUCGAGGCUGCUGCGCGCCGUCCGCGCGGGAGAGGACAGGCUGGUGCGGGAGUUCUGGCGCCUGCUGGCCAUCUGCCACACCGUGAUGGCGCAGGAGAGGGACAACCGGCUGGUGUACCAGGCAGCGUCCCCCGACGAGGAGGCGCUGGUCACCGCGGCCCGGAAUUUUGGCUACGUGUUCGUGGCCCGCACGCAGGACAGCAUCACGGUGAUGGAGCUGGGGGAGGAACGGGUGUACCAGGUGCUGGCCAUGAUGGACUUCAACAGCAUACGCAAGCGCAUGUCGGUGCUGGUCCGCAACCCCGAGGGCUCCAUCUACCUCUACACCAAAGGCGCUGACACGGUCAUCUUUCAGCGCUUGCGCAACAAAGGCACGCAAGAGUGGACUACCGAGGAGGCCUUGGCUUCCUUCGCAGAGCAGACCCUGCGGACCCUGUGCCUGGCCUACAAGGAGGUGGACGAGGCCGUGUUCGAGGGCUGGCGCCAGCGGCACCAGGAGGCCAGCAUCCUGCUGCAGAACCGGGCGCAGGCCCUCCACCAGGUGUAUGAGGAGAUGGAGCAGAACCUGCAGCUGCUGGGAGCCACAGCCAUUGAGGACAGACUGCAGGACGGCGUGUGCGACACCAUCAAGUGUCUCAAGCAGGGGAACAUUAAGGUGUGGGUCCUCACAGGUGAUAAGCAAGAGACGGCGGUGAACAUCGGCUUUGCCUGCCAGCUGCUGUCGGAGAGCAUGCUCAUCCUGGAGGAGAGGGAGAUACUGCAGAUCCUGGAGGCCUACUGGGAGAGCAACAACAACAAGCCGCACGGCAAGGGCAAGGGCCAUUGGAAGAACCAGUUCCUGCCACACAUCAAGGUGGCCAUGGUCAUUACCGGGGAGUUCCUGGACCAGGUGCUGCUGUCUCUGCGCAGGGAGCCCCGGGCGCUGGUCCACAGCGUGAACGUGGAGGUGGACGAGCCCUGGCAGGAGCCGGCGGAGCAGAAGACGGACUUCCUGCGGGCCCGGCGCAUGUCCCUGAUGUGGCGCGCCCUGGGGAUCCCCCUGCGGGGCACCGGCCUGGCGCCGCAGGCCGCGGCCUCCAGCAGCAGCGACAUGCUGUGCGUGCAGCGGGAGCGCGCCUUCGUGGAGCUGGCCUCGCAGUGCCAAGCGGUCAUCUGCUGCCGGGUGACGCCCAAGCAGAAGGCCUUGAUCGUGGGGCUGGUCAAGAAAUACCAGCGCGUGGUGACCCUGGCCAUCGGGGACGGCGCCAACGACGUCAACAUGAUCAAGACUGCGGACAUCGGCGUGGGGCUGGCGGGGCAGGAGGGCAUGCAGGCGGUGCAGAACAGCGACUACGCGCUGGCGCAGUUCAGCUUCCUGAGGCGCCUGCUGCUGGUGCACGGGCGCUGGUCCUACGUGCGCGUCUGCAAGUUCCUGCGCUACUUCGUCUACAAGUCUCUGGCCAGCAUGAUGGUGCAGGUCUGGUUCGCCUUCUACAGCGGCUUCACCGCGCAGCCUCUGUAUGAAGGCUGGUUCCUGGCGCUCUUCAACCUGCUCUACAGCACACUCCCCAUCCUCUACGUCGGCCUGUUCGAGCAGGAUGUGAGUGCCGAGCGGAGCCUGGAGCUGCCCGAGCUGUACGUCGCUGGCCAGAAGGACGAGCUCUUUAACUACUGGGUCUUUGUCCAGGCCCUUGCCCACGGCAUGGUCACCUCCCUGGUCAACUUCUUCAUGACCCUGUGGGUCACCCAAGACUCAGCUGGGCCCAUCAGCUUCAGCGACUACCAGUCUUUCGCGGUGGUCGUGGCCCUGUCGGGCCUGCUAUCCAUCACCAUGGAGGUCAUACUCAUCAUCAAGUAUUGGACAGUCCUGUCUGUGCUGGCCAUUGUCCUCAGCCUCUUCUUCUAUGUGGUUGUAACUUGGGUCACCCAGAGUUUCUGGCUCUUCCAAAUCUCACCCAAGACCUUCCCAUUUCUGUAUGCUGACCGAAACGUGCUGUCCCACCCCUCCAUCCUGCUGGUCAUCCUGCUGAAUGUGUCACUAAACACCUUGCCCACACUGGCCCUGCGUGUCAUUUACCAAGCCCUCAAGAAGCCUCGCCCCAAGGAGGCGGAGGCGGCCCCGAGCGAGGCGGCGGCGGCGGCGGAGGGGCCCCAGCUCCGCCGGGAGUCGCGGGGCCGGCGCUCCAGCUACGCCUUCUCCCACCGCGAGGGCUACGCGGACCUGAUCACGCAGGGCACGAGCCUGCGGAGGGCGCCGGGCCCCGACAGCGACCUGCUGGCGCACGAGGCCCACCCGCCGCGGGAGCCGCCGCCCGGCGCCACGGAGGCCCCCCGGCUGCCGCGGACGCUGUCGUUCGUGGGGAGGCGGCGGCAGGGCAGGGUGUCCUCGGAGGACGAGCCGCGCACGGCGAGCUCCUGCGCCACCGUGGACCAGCGGCACGCCCGGCAGCCCGGCGCGGCCCAGGACGCGGGGAGCUCGCCGCAGCCCCUGCCCGAGGCCCCGGGGAAGGCGUCGCGGUGGGGGGUCCCGCCGCCGCCCCGGGGGACCUGGCCCUCCAGCUGGCGGAGGCUGCUGCAGCCGGUCCGGCGGGGGCCGCCCGACCCCGAGCGCUCGGCCCGCGGGGAGCAGUGACGGCCCGCUCGCUCCGCGCCCGUGUCCUUUGCUAAUAAACCGAUAACCCACC